AUGUAGAAUUUAGUGAAGAAACAAAGAAUAUUUAUAUUAUUAUUUUCUCACUGGUCUCUCUUCAUAUAGUCAGAGAUAGACUUGUCUAUAACUAGACUUAUGGUCCUACUCUGGUUACCUGAGAUCACUCCUUUAUAUGAAAAUAUCAGAUGAACAAUACUCAUGAGUAUUUUGCCGAAAGUGGUAUGAGUACUCAAAGUCGUACUCAGAGUACUUGUUACUCACUCAUGAGUACUCAGUGAGUAAAAAAAUGUAUGAGUACGUAUGAGUACUCGUCCGGUUUUUCUAGCAGAGUACUUUUUGAGUACUCACACUUGAGUACAUUCACUAGGGUACACUUUUCUUUUUUCGUUGUAAACUUGAUCAUCGGACGGGUUGGUUCUACUGGUGUUCUAAAUUUGUUUAUUUUUGCCAUUUUCAAUUUAAAGUCGAUCAAAUUUGAUUAUUUAUAUUCAGAUUUUCAUGAACAAUCCGAAAAAAAUAGAUUCGAGAGAUAGAAAUAGCGAUAAAAGUGAAAAAUGAGCAAAACUUCACACCUUUUUCUCUAUUGUUAAGAGUUGAAUACUUUUUUUUUCCGAAAAGUUUUCUUCAAAAAUGUAAAAGCCGCAUUUUCUUAUGUAACUUGACGAGCUCUAGUCAAUCAUAAUAAAAAAAAAAAAAUUCUGAAUUUUUACAUUCCCGGCAUCUUACACGUAUGGAUCUUCUUCAAAGUAGCAGUGUUCAAAAGCAUAAUUUCGUCUAAUGAACUCCAUUUUCGUCCUUAGUUUAAACAUAAAGUUUCUGACAAUGCUAGAUUUUAGUCGAACAGCAGACCAUGGUCUUCUAUUUAUAUUAUAGAAUCGACAAUGGCUUGCUUUUAUAGAAGCGAGUCAUAAUCCUAUUCAACAUGUGUGUGUAUAUAUACCUAAAUAUAGGCAUGAUACCUCUUCGUCCAGUGGGUGUCACAUUUUACGUUAUUUAUUGCAUUAUAAUUUGAUCGAUUAUCGUUGAUAGUUCAUAAUCAAUGAGUUAUAGAAUAUUAGUUAUUAUAAUAUUAGUAAUAUGAGUUACAGAACACAUCUAAAACGUGAUUAAGGUGUCUCAUACUUGGAUUUUGUAUAAAAAAUAUGAUGAGAUUGACGUAAGAUACAAUGCGUCCUUUAUCGCAUCAGCAGUUUUUUGUUUGUUUCAUUUUUACUUAUAGAAGAGAAAAAUAUAUAUUACAUAAGCAAGUUUUACCGUGUGUCAUAAACAAAUAAAUAGUGACAUAAAACAAAAAAAAUGACAUUUCCGUAUAGAGAAGCGAGAGUUUAAUUAAUUCAUCAGCUUAAUUGUCACAUUUUUUUUGUAUCAACGUACUUGUUAUGAUUAUUUACAUAAGUAAUGCACUUUUCAAUUAGAAUAGUGUGAAUGUUACUAAAGUAUUUCACAUUGUAUUUUAUUUUCGAUUGAUAAGAAAUUGAAUUGAAAUUGUAAAAGUGAUAUACAUAAUGUCAAAUCGAUCAAUUUAAUAAUUUAGUACUAGUACUUAGUUACUGUUGUUGUUUUUUUUAUUGUUCUAUUUAGAUUAGAGUCAGGGUAGUAUUCAUAGUGCUCAAUUACCGCGCUUGUCUAGUGAUAAUAUCUAUGGUGAUGAAGUAUCGAAAACUAAAGUAUGUGAUCAGCAUCUUCAUAUGUUUGUUGAACAUUCUAUUCGAUUUGUACCAAAUGAUUUUCAAUCAACGAACAAACAUUUUCUUCAUUCUAUUACUUAUUUAAUCGAUACAUUGUCAGACAAGACAUCAGAGUAUAAUUUUUGUUUACAAAUAUCUUUACUCCUAUCUAAAUGUAUCAAUGAACUCUAUCAACGACAUUUACAAUCGACAUUAGCAUGGCAUAUAUGGUCAAAAUGUUCACAACAAUUUAUUGUUAUUCUUAAUCGUAUAGUCAUUUUCAAUCAUGAACAAUAUCAACAACAAGAUUAA